AUGGCGGGCCUAGGGAACAACCAAGAUGAAGGUGAUGGGACCUGUGGCACCGGGGAAGUUGUUAUUUGUGCCGAGUUUGAGACCUUCUCUGCUGCAGUGGAGGAGAGUGACAACGAGUCUAAAGAAGGACUACAGGAACAGCCCCCGAUUGCACCUAAUCAGAAUAAUCGUAAUCAAUACAUAGAUGAUUUUCGGAUUAAGGCUGAUAUUCCAUACUUUAAUGGCCACUUACAUAUUGAAGACUUUCUUGACUGGUUGGUAGAGGUGGAGAGUUUCUUCAAAAUUAUGGAGGUUCCAGAGACGAAGAUGGUGACAGAAAUAUGCAAAGUUCCCAUCUUCAUUGGCAAGCAUUAUAAACAGGAAGUUUCAUGUGACGUGAUUGAUAUAGAUGCUAGUCAUGUAUUACUAGGGCGUCCUUGGAAGUAUGAUACAGAUGCUACACAUAAAGGACGUGAUAAUGUGUAUUUGUUCAAGUGGGGUUCCCACAAGAUUGCUAUGGCUCCUGUUAGUGAAUCUGGAAAAUUAGAGAAACCAAAGAACUCGAGUUUUCUAGGGAUGUCAAACAGUGAACAAGAGUUUGAGGAAGAUAUUGAAGAAGUUGAUAUCGUGUACCUUGUGUAUGUGAAGUGGUUAUUGGAUCCCUUGCUAGAGGGUGUGUCUUGCCCUAGAGAGGUAAAGAAAAUUAUAAUUGAUUUUCAGGAGUUGAUUUCAUAUGAUUUACCUAAUGAGCUACCACCCAUGAGACAUAUACCACAUCAAAUUGAUUUGGUGCCUGGAGCUAGUCUUCCCAAUCUACCCCACUAUCGUAUGAGCCCUAAAGAGAAUGCGAUUCUUAAAGAAAAGAUAGAAGAUUUGCUGCAAAAGGGGUUUAUUCGAGGGAGUAUGAGUCCGUGUGCAGUUCCAGUAUUGUUGGUACCAAAGAAGGACAGUACAUGCCGCAUUUGUGUUGAUAGCCGUGCAAUCAACAAAAUCACCAUCAAGUACAGAUUUCCAAUUCCACGCCUGGAGGACAUGUUGGACGUUUUGGAGGGCUCUAAAGUGUUUUCCAAAAUUGAUUUGAGGAGUGGGUAUCACCAGAUUCGGAUUAAACCUGGAGAUGAGUGGCAGACAGCUUUUAAGAGCAAGGAUGAAUUGUAUGAACGGUUGGUGAUGUCGUUUGGGUUGUCAAACGCACUGAGAACAUUUAUGAGACUUAUUAAUCAGGUUAUGCAUCCCUUUAUUGGUUUAUUUGUUGUAGUUUAUUUUGAUGACAUUCUGAUUUACAACAAAACCAAGGAGCAUCUGAUAUAUUUGAAGGAAGUUUUGACAAUUUUGCAAGAGAACAAGCUGUUUAUUGACCUGAAAAGUGUACUUUUGUCACGAACAAGUUACUUUUUCUAG